UGGGUGGCAACUCCCACUAUCGCACUAUAGGUCAGUCCAUGUUUACAUUUUCGUGUGUAUUGCAAGCUAUUGCACGAGAGCAGAAGAUUACCUGGUAAUUCAUUCGUCAUCGAAUAGAUAAAUAUAAGAUUCAUAACAAGAAAUCUCAAUGAAAUCACUACUUAUUUCAGUGCAAUAAAUUCUAUUUUAUUUUAUUUUUCCAAGUGGGAGAAGUGGCUUACUUACACCUUUUUGUCCCUUUCCCCAUCACACAUUAAUGAAGCGAAAAAAGUCGAAUUAAUGCAGCCAAACAAGUCGCGCAUUAUCAUGACAAAGGAUUCAUCCUACAUUCAGUAGUAUCCUAUAUUCAAUUCAACUCUCUGUACAAGAAAACACUUGUCCUUACAUUAAUUAACACGUCGAUUGCAUAAUACUUACUUGUAAUGUUUUCGGCUUUAUAAAUAACGGGCAAAACUCUAUCACUUUCAUCAACUUGUCAUAAAACCAGUAACUUCGAGAAAUACUAAGAAACCAAACAAAAAAAAAACGAGAUUUGAUUAUGGAAGAAAAGAAAGGUACCUCAAAAUGUUCUUUCACGAGUGCAACGACACUUUCACAAAUGGGCAUAAACAGUGUUCCCGAUUGUUACAUACUUCCUCAAUCACACCGCCCGACCCUUGACCAUGGCCCACAUUCCUCCACCGUAUAUUUGCCCGUUAUAGAUCUUUCCUCUUUAGGAAACCCUUUGCUUCGAUCAACGGUUAUAGAACAAGUGCAUGUGGCAUGUAAGGAACUAGGUGCUUUUCAGGUACAUUACUUAUUAACAAACUAUACAUAUAGUUGCAUAAAAUCAGUUCAACUAUAAAACGAAGUUUUCCAAGAAAGUAAUUACUAGGCAGAGUAUUCUUUGUAUUGAAUAUAUUUAUUUCUUCACUUUUUUUUUUUUUUCCUUUUUUUUACUACGUGCAUGAGCAGACAUGUCGUCAACUUUUUUCUACGUCAUGCAUGCAUUUUUAACGUUACGAAAAUACGUACCACCUUAUGCAGGUGAUCAACCAUGGAAUUCCGAUCCCGAUUGUCGAUCAGGCACUAGAAGUUGCUGCGGAGUUUUUCGAUAUGCCGAACGAAAAAAAGAUGCGUAUUGCCUCUACUGAUGCUCGUGAGCCUGUAAGAUACGGGACCAGUCUGAAUUACAUCAAUGAUAAAGUUAAAUAUUGGAGAGACUUUAUCAAACACUACUCUAAUCCAAUCUCAAGAUGGAUCGAUUUGUGGCCGUCGGAUCCUCCAAGUUACAAGGAGAAAAUGGGGAACUACGCAAAGGCUGUGCAUAUCUUGCAUAAAGAGCUAAUGGAAGUAUUAUUCGAGAGCUUAGGUCUAAAACCAGACUACUUACAGAACGACAUCGAAGAAGGCUCACAGGUCAUGGCAGUAAACUUUUAUCCUGCUUGCCCAGAGCCGAAUCUAACACUAGGCCUUCCCCCACACUCGGAUUAUGGACUGUUAACCAUUUUACUCCAAAAUCAACGGGGCUUAGAAACUAUGGACAACGACGGAAAAUGGCAAUCCGUUCCUGUAAUAAAAGAAGGGUUGGUGGUUCAGUUGGGCGAUCAUAUGGAAGUACUGAGUAAUGGCCGAUACAAAAGUGUCGUACAUCGAGCAUGCCUUAACUCGGAAAAGAGGCGUCUUUCGAUUGCAAGUCUUCACAGUUUGGAAAUAGAGAAGAAAGUAAUACCUGCUCAAGAACUUGUCGAUGAGCAACAUCCGUUGGCCUAUGAAGGAGUGAGCUUCGGAGACUUUCUGCACUUCCUUUCCAAAAACGACAUCCUGGAAGGAAGAUACAUCGACACGUUGAGAAAAAAUCCACAGAUAGAUGCAUAA